CGCUGGGCUAUAAAUUCAGCAACUCGGGUGCAAGACUAUCAGUUCGGUUUUCUCCAGCGUCCUAUCAAGUGUACCAAAAUGAAUUCCUCAAUUUCUCUAUUAUGCUGCGCACUGCUCCUGAUAAGUCCUUUAUGCUUGGCUUAUUCUGACGAGGAGCUUGAAGCUGACGGCCGUAGAGUUGCUGAGAUUAUACGAACCUCUCAGGACGACGAUUCCAAAAUCAAUAAUACCCAGGAAUUACUUGACAUAUAUAGACGUUUAUAUCCUAGAGUGACGCUGGAAGAUAGGGAUGUAAUCGACAGGUAUAUCAAAGAACAUACCGAUGAAAUAUUAAUCGAUGGAGUUCCGAGUCAAGGCGGUCGGAAAAGCAAGUACGUUGGAAAAGUCUUGACUCCAGUUGCGAAGGACGUGGCUUCUGGAUUCUUUCAAGAACUCGGUGCAAAAAUUGCUCGUUUAUUCUCUUGGUAAACUGCAUUAGCUAUAAAUGCAAGUUCACUUUCUAAAAUUGUUAUAUUUUUCUAAACCAAAAUAUGUUAUUCCAUUCUAUAAAUAAUUGUGUAUAAAAAGUGCAAUACAUAAAUUUAAAUAAAAAUUUGCAGCAACCUUA